AUGGCACUUCGCUUACCCCUUCGAACCCGCCCUGCACCACUCAUCGCUGGCCUCACAGUUGGAGCCAUUAGCGUUGCAGUCUGUUCGAAAAUGAUGUUUGGAACAGCUUCAGCGGAAUCUCGUGAAGCGCAGAAGAUUUUCAAGGGGGGUUUUGCAUCGGUCAAACUGCCGUUGCAUAGUUCUGAGGAUGAGACGCAUGAUACCAAGAGGCUGAGGUUCAAGCUGCCUCAAGACACUGCCGUUUCUGGACUCCCACUUACUUAUGAACCCGGCUAUGUAGAACUCAUGGUCAAGAAAUACCCCAACGGCAAAGGAAGCGGCUAUCUCCACUCCCUAAAACCUGGCGACGCCCUCUUCAUUCUCACCACCCUCCCCGGCUACAAAUGGAAGCCCAACGCCUUCUCGCACAUAACCCUCAUCGCCGGCGGCUGCGGCAUAACACCGAUCUACCAACUCGCCCAAGGGAUCCUCCGCAACCCCGACGACAAAACCCGCAUGACACUUGUGUUUGGCGCAAACACAGAAGAGGAUGUUUUGCUGAAGAAGGAGCUUGAUGCGUUUGAGAAAAAGUUUCCGGAGAGGUUUAGUGUCAAGUAUACGGUUAGUAGACCGAGCGAAGGGUCGAGGAUGAGGAAGGGGAGGGUUGAUAGGGAGUUUUUGGAGGAGGUUGUGCCGAAGGGGACGGAGAAGGUCUUUGUUUGUGGGCCGCCGGGGAUGGAGGAGGCGCUUGUUGGGAAGAGGGGAGGGGGAGUUUUGGGGGAGUUGGGGAUCGAGAAGGGGAAGAUUCAUAAGUUUUAA